UUGAGUCGCUUCCCGGUUGCGCGCCGAGCGUGCGCCUCCGCCGUGAUUGCAGCCGAACGGGGAAGAACGAGACGAGUUGGCUGCUGUCACUUUUUAUAACGUCAAAGUUACACCGUUUUCCCGUUCAUUCCGCGAGUUUGAGUCAUGCGAGGGGCCUGUAAUGUCCACUGAGCCGGAUAAAGAUUCAUUCUCUCUGAAACGACACCGAGGUGGUGAAGGUGGGCUGGGUGAUGUUUUUGGGUCUUCUGGUCUGCUAGUGGGGAGUCCUGAGAAAAGGAGACGCAAGUCUAGCACACAGGCUCUCUCCUUCUCUCCUCUGUCUGAAUAUGCCCCUCCACUAAACCCGAGCUCCAAUCACUUAAUAGCCUCCAACCCUUUCGAUGACCGCUACAGUUUACCAUCUGUGAAGUCAUUGCCGUCUGCUAACCCUCACUUUAGCCCCUCACAUUACUCUGGGUUUCGUGGCUAUGGCACACCCAGGAUGGCCCCUCACACGGGCAACAGAACGCCUUCUCACUCCCCGUAUCAGAUGAGAAACCAGCCCCAUCCCUUUUCCCAGAAUCCCACGGGCAUGGGUUUCCACCGGGCACCGGGAUUUAACUACGGGCACCCCGAGAACCCCAAUUACGGGCACAGCAUGGGUCAGCCCUUUAGACCGGGUCCUGGAGAGAACGUCAACCCUCAGAACCCCCAUCAGAAUCUGAACCACAGCAACAGUCCCGACGGUGUCCCAAGGUUUGGUCCGGAUGGGAACGCUAAAACAACCCCGGACAUGAGUCCUAAACUCUCUCAGCAACAGAAUAACUUCAGCCGGUCCGGCACGCCCAAACAGGACCCGAGUGACACCAUCAGCAAAAAUACCACACGGAACCCAUCGCCACGGAAACGAAGCCAGAACUGCGAAGACGGCACGGCCGAGCUCGGAGCGAAGGGUCGAGGGAACACACCCGGGGUGGAAAAGCUCAACGGUGUCCUGCACUCAAAUACUGAAGCGCUGAAGUGGUCACCGCGACCUGAAAACACCCAGACGGAUAAAGCUCGCCGAGGAAGCAGGAAUAAAGUUGAGAGCCGCUCUGUCAGACGGAGCGCGUCGUCUGAGCCCAUCUACCCGUGUGGUAUAUGUCUGAGCGAGGUGAACGAUGAUCAGGAGGCCAUUCUGUGUGAGGCUUCUUGUCAGAAGUGGUUUCACAGGGUUUGCACCGGGAUGACCGAGACGGCGUACAACCUGCUGACGGCGGAGACGUCUGCGGUUUGGGGUUGUGACGCUUGCAUGGAGGACAAAGGAGCUCAGCUGCUCAAAACUCGAGAUGCACCGGGAACGCCUUCCGUGACCAGCGACGGACAAUCAUGAGAACAAAUCAAGGGUUGUGUAAAGUUCUCCCGUCUCUGGACUCGCCUCAUCAAGUUCUGCUUGACAGCGCCUUUUGAAAGCAACAUAAACAUUUGAAAUCCUCAUCUUUUGGUACACUAAGCCUUUACAUGGAGAGAUUUUGGAGAUGGAGAGGAUGUCAGAGCCCUCUCUUUAUUUAUUUCUGCCCAUGUUUAUCAUCGUUUUCUUUUUUCUUUUCAUGUCGUGUGUGUAUUUUCAGAAGUGUUUUAUUGCUACAAACCUCUUGAGGAAUCUGUAUGCUAAUAAUUCAUGUGUUUUUUUACGUGGUCUUCCCAGUUUGUUACAUAGUUCUGAACAAGCAACUUGUAUUUCCUCUGAUGUUUUGUUUCUGAGGCUCCGGGUCAGCAAUACUCUAGUGCUUCAAAACUAUUCAAAUGCUUUUGAAUUGAUGACAAUCAUUUAAUAGUUCAAGGGUUGGGGCUUUUCCAUUGAAUGUAGCUUUGGAGUUGAUUGACUAUAGAAUAUUUUUCAGAGGAAGUGUCGAGAGAUUAAAGCUUUGUGUGUUAAAGUGUUGAGGGACUCUGAAGACGCACGUAGUGUCGGUGAGAAAUGUUCCGGCUUGUGCUGGACUGCACUUUGCUUUCUUCCCUCUGUUUCUCAUUAAGUGAUGCUCAUUGAUUGUUUCUUGGUCAAAUAAAGUGAAAAUCUUGAAUCAGAGCCAGAAAACAAGCUUGAGGUACAACAACAAGUGCACUUGAAACUUGUAUGUUUUUGUGAUCGCUUCCCUGUUUCUGUUGAGGUUAAGAUUUGUUUAUUUUGCCAAAAAACUAAAGAGAUUUAUUACUUAAACGCCCUUUUUCUUCAUUCGUAGAUGCAAAAAUAUAUCGUGCAUCAUGACCUUUUGAAAAGUGCUCUUUGAGGUGUUCAUGGAUCAAUCUCACAAGAUGUGUCAUUUUACCCCAGAAUCACAAAAUGAAAUAUUCAUUUAAUUAAUCAUUAUUAAUAAAACGAUGGAUGUAACUAGACUGGACAUGUUUUUGUGAAAUUCAUCUGUGUCGUCUCCAAUGUUUGUUUGUUUUUUAUAUUAUUUUUAUACCAGCUGCAGUCCUGUUGGUUUGGAUUUGUUAUUGCAGUAAUGUGUGAAUGUGUCACGAGCUCAUGAAUGUGUAUUUCAUGUCUGGCAUUUAACUAUCCCGAUGUUUCCAGACCUUUUAACUUGAAGAUGAUGUGCCAUUAUUCACAAGUAUUCUUAAGUUCACAUUCAGAUAUGACGAAUUCACGAAAGAAGCAUUUUGAAUGAUCCCUCUGGUGUGUUCAUUUGUCAACGGGUCAUGAUGUGUCUUUAAGAACAAUGUAUGAACAGUUAUUGUGUAAUUGGCCACAUUUGAAUGUUGAUCUCUGGUACCUUAUGUCUUUUGAGUUCUUUAAGCAGAUGGCAUUGUGCAGUGAUAUAGUCAGAUCAUACCCACUUAUCAAUAUUGGGUGAGGAUAUUUGUGAUUUGUGCAACUCGUUUAUAUAACAGAACAAUGAAUGUAUGAAGCCAAUAAACUGUAAAUAAUGAACAAUAUGAAGCAUUUAACAAGAACUCAAAAAAAACAAGUAGGUAGAGUUCGUAGGCCACAGACAGUUUGUGAAUGUAAAUUCAAGUCGUCUGGUGUGUUCUGAUAUUCUCUGUGAACACCAGGCUGGUUUUACAGAGAAACCUUUACAAAACGUUUGUUUUACUUCACACUGCAAUGAUUAAUAAAAUGUGGUUCACAAGUCUUUCUUCUAAACAUUGUCAAUGAAUUUGACUUAUUGAAUAUGUGAUAAUGAACUUUUCUUCAAAUCAACAUUACAACUAUAUUGUUUUAA